GCGGCGUCAGUCCCCGACUCUGUUGCAAAUUAAAAACAAAUCCUCCAAUUGACACACUCCCAAUUCAAAAGGCAGCCGCGGCGGGGAGACCGAUGAUUAACCUGUCCCUGAGAGUGGCACGUCUCAGCCGGGCCGGGCGAAUGCAGCAACUCCGCGCUUCUUAAUCCAGAAAGAGGGAACCCACCUGGAGGUUCGUACUUAGACCUUCUCCCACGGACGCUCGAUCGCAAAGUUUUCCUGACAAAGUGAGGAACGAGAAAGCAUUGAUUUGUUUAAAACAAAACGCCGUGGCGACCGGAGAGAGGCAACAUUUAACAGAGAGUGAAAAAGGCGAGCAGAAUAAAAUAAAAACAGUGGGAGACUUGGCUGCGAUAGGACCAGGAAAAGCUCUUUUGAUCCUUAAAAAAAAUAAUAAUUUUAAGCUGAGCUGCCGCAUGCACAAGUUGCACACAAGGUAAACAAAACAAAACUUAUUUUUAAUUUGACUUUGUUUUACAUUUCGCGUGCAGUAGAAAGGAAAAUUGGAGAGGAGUUUAAUCAGGAAAAUUCUUUCCAGGACUGAGACUGGUUGUAACCCCCAGGAACAGGGAGAUUUCAUGCCGGUGUCUGGAGCCCCUUCUCUGUAACUUGCCUGCCGUGUGGUCCUGGUGUUACUUUCUCUCUCUCUCUCCCUUUCUCCUAAAUAUAUGAACUUGCCAUGGCCUCCGACCUCGGCAUGAGCACCGACCUGCCUACCAGCCCCUUGGCGAUCGAGUAUGUCAAUGACUUCGACCUGAUGAAGUUCGAGGUGAAGAAGGAGCCCCCCGAGGCGGAACGCUACUGCAACCGGCUGCCGGGCUCGCUGUCCUCCACCCCCAUCAGCACACCGUGCAGCUCGGUGCCCUCCUCGCCCAGCCUGUGCGCCCCGAGCCCGGGCGGCGCCAGCAAGGCUCACCACCUGGAGGACCUGUACUGGAUCAGCAACUACCAGCACCACCUGAACCCCGAGGCGCUCAACCUGACCCCCGAGGACGCGGUGGAGGCGCUGAUCGGCAGCUCCCAGGCCCACCACCACCACCACUUCGAGGGCUACCGGGCGCAGCAGUACCCCGGCGAGGAGGUGCCCGUCAGCGGGCACCACCCGCACCCCGGCCCGCCCCACCACCACCACCAUCACCACCACCACCACCACCACUUGCGCCUGGAGGAUCGCUUCUCGGACGACCAGCUGGUGAGCAUGUCGGUGCGGGAGCUCAACCGGCAGCUGCGGGGCUUCAGCAAGGAGGAGGUUAUCCGCCUGAAGCAGAAGAGGAGGACCCUGAAGAACCGGGGCUACGCUCAGUCCUGCCGCUACAAGAGGGUCCAGCAGCGGCACAUGCUGGAGAGCGAGAAGUCCCUGCUCCAGCAGCAGGUGGACCAGCUCAAGCAAGAGGUGGCCAGGCUGGCCAAGGAGCGGGACGUCUACAAGGAGAAGUACGAGAAGAUGGCAAGUAGGAGCUACAGGGAUCCAACUACAGUGGCCCCAAACCCAAACAAAAACACCUCCUCUUCCAACGAGUUCUUCAUGUAAACGGGGCGCCUGGAGUCAAAACAAAAACAGUACUUUUUGAGGUGACUUUCAACAAAACCUUUCCUAGAAGAGGGAGUGAAAAAAAUGACUAUUGUAAAUAACUUUGAAAAAAAAGAGACAAAUAAGCAGGAUGCUUCGAGUUUAGUUUGGAUGAUAAGUGGAAGUGUUACCGUCUCGUUUCAGAAGAGUACUAAUAUUGUAAAAUGGAAGUUUAAAAUAAAACAUUUUUCUGUUGAAAAAUAUAUUUAUGAGGAAAAAAAAGAAGUGAAAGAAAGCUUACGAACUCCGUGAGAAGAAAGAGGAGAGAGAUUAAGCCAAAAGGAGGAAUAUGUACAAAAAAGGACUCCGAACUUUUACGGGGAAAAAAAAGAGACUUUGAAUCACGAGAGAAAUGUUACGAAAAAAUUGUGAGUUUCAAGCAAAAGUGGACUUUUUAAAUCCAAUCCAAUCCUGCAUGCUGGACAUGUACGGCGUUUAGAGUACUUUCUCUUUUUUGUACCCAAUCCUGUUGGGAGGGAGAGAAAAAAAAGCAUGACUCCUUGUUUUAAUUUUGAUUUUACUUAAUUUCUGAGCAUCAUUGGAGAGCAACACCGGGAUUAAACAUAGUCAUGUUGUGGACUAAUGUUUGAAAAUGCUGUAAAUGUCCUGCAACAGUGUAGGGAAAAUCCAGGGAGAUAUGACCUUGCAAGUGAUCUCAUCCUUUGGGAUGAGUUGGACUGGGUGCGGCUGCUGUAGGAUUUUACAUUUUUCCUUUUAAAAAGAAAUACUGUAUAAAGCCAGGUUUA